ACACAGGAAGUAGAAUUCAAGAGUCGGGUGAAAAAACACUAGGGACGCAGUAGGGGCAAGCCCACUCCCGCGGUUACGUACGCUUUCCGGGAGUCUGCAGUGUGAAUAUUUUGGGGCCUCCCUCGCCAGUUCCUUCUCCAGUAGAGGUAUUUUGCCCUUAGCCAGCUCUCAUCUCUUUAUACAGAGUGUCCCCGGAACUAUGGCCGAAUACUCGUAUGUGAAGUCCACCAAACUCGUGCUCAAGGGAACCAAGGCUAAGAGUAAGAAAAAAAAGAGCAAAGAGAAGAAGAGAAAAAGAGAAGAAGAUGAAGAAACUCAACUUGAUAUUGUUGGAAUCUGGUGGACAGUAACAAACUUUGGUGAAAUAUCAGGAACCAUAGCAAUUGAAAUGGAUAAAGGAACCUACAUACAUGCACUUGACAAUGGACUUUUUACACUGGGAGCUCCACAUAAAGAAGUUGAUGAGGGCCCUAGUCCUCCAGAGCAGUUUACAGCUGUCAAAUUGUCUGAUUCCAGAAUUGCCCUGAAAUCUGGUUAUGGAAAAUACCUUGGUAUUAAUUCAGAUGGACUUGUUGUGGGGCGUUCAGAUGCAAUUGGACCAAGAGAACAAUGGGAACCAGUCUUUCAAGAUGGAAAAAUGGCUUUAUUGGCUUCAAAUAGCUGCUUUAUUAGAUGCAAUGAAGCAGGUGAUAUAGAAGCAAAAAGUAAAACAGCAGGAGAAGAAGAAAUGAUAAAGAUUAGAUCCUGUGCUGAAAGAGAAACUAAGAAAAAAGAUGAUAUUCCAGAAGAAGACAAAGGAAAUGUUAAACAGUGUGAAAUCAAUUACGUAAAGAAAUUUCAGAGCUUCCAAGACCACAAACUUAAAAUAAGUAAAGAAGACAGUAAAAUUCUCAAAAAGGCCCGGAAAGAUGGAUUUUUGCAUGAAACACUUCUGGACAGGAGAGCCAAAUUGAAAGCUGAUAGAUACUGCAAAUGACCAGAAUUGUGUUUCUUUCUUCUAUUUGUUUUUUUCUGAAUAAAAUAAUCAGUGGAAGUGUUUUUACAGAGCUCUUGGGCUGUUAUGGAAUUAUUGCUGAACUAGUAGCUAGUUUAAAUAAGAUUAAUCAAGUUUAACCGAGAUUCCCCAUGGGUGUACUUUUUAGUUAACUGCAGUGUUUCACAUGGAAUUGAAACAAAGUACACAGUGAACAUGCCAUAGAAUUUUUUUCUCUUUUCUAGAUUUUCUGUCAUAAAGUAUGAGAUGCUACUCUGUGAACCUUGUGUUUCUUAUGCAGUUUAUGGAAUCUCUUAUUGCUUUACAGUUUUACUUUAUAUUAACUUAUACCAUUGAUUCUUAUUGGGACCUUUAAAAGGAAGUUAGAAGCUCCCACUCCAGUCAACAAGGCUUUGAUUCUGCCUCCUAAAUAUUGCCCAAAUCACACAAGCCAAACAGAUAUCAGACAAAGUGGGUGGGAAAAGAGAAAGAAAUCAGGUUUUGGCAGUGGGAUGGGAACAGGAGAAAUUACAAAAG